AUGUCGGCCUCGCCCAGCACGUUACUGCUACCUGCCGAGUGUAGCAGCUUCGGCGACUCUACUUCGCUUCCAAGGUUCAUCGUGGGUGAAGGUGGGCAGCAAAAAUUUGUGACCUACAAGAGGCAAGACAACACGUCUAAGACGGCGGCUACCGAUGAUUCGAGCAGCUCAGCCACCGCUGCUCCCAGAACCCCCGUCAACACGUCUAAGACAGUGACGCCCACUGCAUCGGCCCAACGGCGCACGGGGAAAGACGUUUCCAGCGGAACAAGAAAGAGGGCAAGACGUGGAAGGGCAACGGACAGCGCAUCCCGUAGCCCCUACUCUGCCAAUGGCCUUGUGUCGGACAUCUCGUCGGUCAGCAGCCUGGGCUUAGAUGUCGGUGGAUCACGCGUGCCCUCCGGGGCCUCGAGCACCGCCUCCGCGAAAGAGGGGCCGGUAUUACAACAAACAACCCUAGACCGCUUUAUACAGCCGGUUCGUAGCAAUGAAAAGGCUGCCGACCAUCGCAAACAUAUUGUCAUCGACACGACGCUGGUUGAUGAGGCGUUGGACGCCGUGGAUAUCGCAAAUGCCCACUCGGAGCUGCACGACAUAGACUCACUUUCCCUGUCGCAGUCUCUGAGCUUAAGCACGAUGGGCAGCGCGGACGAGGAUGACGAACGCAAGCGUAAACGACGCAAAUGUUCGCGCCUGCAGGAGACGAUCAUGCGCGUAAUCGCCAAAACGAAAACCGACAUAGAGCACCUUGAGGAAAAAAUCUCUUCGCUCGAGGAGCAGUACUUCUACCAGCACAGUGAGACCACGGGGCUUGUAAAGGGUUGGGAUAAUGCCCUCCUCGGCGGCUUGUACUGUAACCCAAGCAGCAACAAGGCACGGAAGGGUACGCCCGCCAAGGCGAAGCAGCUGCUUGGGCACUCGUUGUCGCUCGUCAACGACCACAUUUUUUCGCUCACGAGCUCUACGUGCGGCGUUUCUAAGACUUUAACACCUAAACCGGAGUAA